AUGUUUGGUGGAGCUGGGGCCACCAAGGACAUGGGGAAGAUGCUUGGGGGUGAUGAGGAGAAGGACCCUGAUGCUGCCAAGAAGGAGGAGGAACGGCAGGAGGCACUGCGGCAGGCAGAGGAGGAGCGUAAGGCAAAGUACGCAAAGAUGGAGGCAGAACGUGAGGUCAUGCGGCAGGGCAUCCGAGACAAGUAUGGCAUCAAAAAGAAGGAGGAGCGUGAGGCUGAGGCCCAGGCAGCCAUGGAAGCCAACUCAGAAGGCAGUCUGACUCGACCCAAGAAGGCCAUCCCUCCAGGCUGUGGGGACGAGCCGGAAGAGGAGGACGAAAGCAUCCUGGACACUGUCAUCAAGUACCUGCCUGGGCCACUGCAGGACAUGUUCAAGAAGUAAUGAUCCUGCCUCAGCGCCAGGAGCCCCGCCCACUGUACAGACCCCCUCGGAGCCCCCCCCCACAAGGGAUGUUGGGAGCAGAUGCAGCCCCCCCUGCAAAAAUAAGCCAUAGUCCUAGAUCUAUCCCGCCCAUGUCCCCCUCGCGCCUCGGGAGCCUCUGGCCACCCCUCCCCGCACUGCCAUCAUUGGCCCCACCAGGCAAGGGUGUGACCCUCAGGCCCCUGUGCUGUGCAUCCUUGCCUUUGGGUGGUUGGACCCCUCCUUACUGAUCUUGAGUUCACCAUUCCCACUGAGCCUGCCCAAGGUCAGGCCCCGAGGGCCAGCCCUGACCACCCCUGGGGUGCCAUCCCACCGUGGGUGGCUACCAGUCAGGGCCUAAACUCAGGAGCACAGCCAUAGUGGGGUGGGACUUGGGGAAUGAGCCGUGGGUGCCUGGGGCCCCAGCCCUUCCCUGAGCCCAUGGCCCCAGUUUCUGGACUUGUUGGACCUGCUGGACCAUUAGCUCUGUCUUCCUGUCUGCGCUACCACCCUAGUCUUCACCGGCGGCCCUCGCACAUUCUGUCCAGCUGUCUCUUUCUCUGUCGCUCGGCAAUGCCACAGCCAGGGGGAACAAAGCAAUAGAUUGGACGUGGGUGGGUCUCAGACAUGCUUUGAGUCCCUCGAUACCCUCUGUAAUGCACACUUUCCAGAGUCCCAUCUCUCCCUGACCCCAUCUCUCCCUGGUGGCCUCCUGUUCUCUUCAUGGAGGGCAGGCAGUCUUCUAGGGAACUCCUGGCUUUACCACUACAAAAUGCCCCACUUCCUAAGAGCCCAGGGCUCUGGGGAUCCGUGUGCAGAACAGACAGAGGGCCAGGGGAUCAGGUGUCCCACCCUCUCCACUAUUCCUCCUUUGAAGGGCUGACGGUGGCCCACACGUGCAAACUCCUGGGCUCGGGCUGUGGUAUUCUCUUCUGUGUGUGGCCCAAGGGCAAUAAGACCCAGUUACUCCCCUUUGCCCAGCCAGCAGCCUUUGUUCUUCAUAUUCGUUUAAUUUACAUCAUAAUAUGUUGAAUCUCAGGUAAAUGAGGUCUGUAUUUGUUAAGUUUUAUCUUGACAGAAAGGCCAGCCUGGUCUUCCCGACCCUUCCUAUCCACAUUAAAACUGCAUUAAGUGUCCAUGAGUUUUGGGCCAGGUGUGUGGCUUGGCAUUGACCUUCAUGACCUUACAUAGCUCUUUAGAGAAGCCAUAACAACUAGACUGCAAUACUAAUC